CCUUCAAUUUUGUUUCUAGGGUUUCCUCUCAUCAAUCCAAUCCAAUCCAAGCUUCGAAGAUUCAUUGAUACGUUUGGGGACGGAGGAUGAAGCCGGUUUUCGUUGGGAAUUUCGAGUACGAGACACGUCAGUCUGAUCUGGAGAGAUUGUUUGGCAGAUAUGGAAGAGUUGAGCGCGUUGAUAUGAAAUCUGGAACAAUCAACUAGAGGAAAAAGAGCUUGUAUCUUGGCUCUUCGAAUUCUAUGCUUACCUACCUGCAUGUCUGACUACCUUCUACUCACAAAUGGCAUCCUUCUACCUUUCAUUAACUCAAUCAUCCACAUUCACUUGCAUCAUUGCAUGCCUUCCAUCACUUAAUGGCGGGAUCUGUAUCAUGUCAUGCCUUCCAUCACUUACCUAAAGGGCUCAUGUUCUAUCCUGCCAUGCCUUCUAUUUCUGAACACAUGCUGUCUUAAUGGAUAUGCAUUUGUUUACUUUGAAGAUGAACGUGACGCUGAAGACGCAAUUCAUGCUCUUGAUAACUCCUCAUUUGGAUACGAUAGGCGCAAGCUGUCUGUGGAAUGGGCUCGGGGUGAGCGUGUUCGACACCGUGAUGGAUCAAAGUCAGUGGCGAACCAGAGACCAACUAAAACACUGUUCAUAAUAAACUUUGACCCGGUUCACACAAGGGUCCGUGAUAUCGAGAAGCACUUCGAACCCUAUGGAAAUGUUCUCCAUGUUCGCAUCAGGCGCAACUUUGCGUUUGUGCAGUUUGAAACACAAGAAGAAGCCACAAAAGCUCUUGAGUGUACACACAUGAGUAAAAUAUUGGAUCGGGUAGUAUCAGUGGAGUAUGCUCUAAGGGACGACAGUGAGAGAGGGUCCCGCUCAAUCAGCCCUAGAAGAGACUAUGGUCGUCGACGUGAUAGUCCUUAUCGGUCACCAAGUCCUUAUAGGAGAAGCAGACCAAGUCCUGAUUACGGGCGGGCUCGUAGCCCAGUGUAUGAUAGGUACAGUGGGCCAUCCUAUGACAGGCCAAAGAGCCCUGUUUAUGGGAGAUACCGCAGUCGGUCACCUGUUCGAAGGUCGAGAAGUUGAGAGACUGACUGGUUGAUAGUUUUAUGGGUAUACGUUUGAUACGACGUAUUGCAUUUUCGGUUAUGUUAGGUUUGUGUCUAAACUCUGUGUGAGAGUGUUAUCGAACUUUCUGGUGUUUGUUGAGUAGUUAUGGAAUUUGUACCUACUUUAUAUUAUGAUGGUAGUUUCAUUUUUCAGAAAUAGUGGUAUAUCUGAGUUUUUA